UAGUCUUCAAGAUGCAUGUUCAGAAGUCGAUCCACACUAUUCACACUGCAUGUCGAGCUAAACACGAGCUCGGCGAUCAUAAAGAACAACGAGUGACAUCUCAAUUCGAAAACUGCAUCCGCAACGAAAACGUAGUAGGAUGUGCAAAGACCUGGAAACACCCUCUGAAAAGACCAUCGAAACCCCCUGUUUCUAUGAUUUCCCCCAUUUUGCUACGGAACAAACUUCAAUCAGACAGACAGUCGGACCACGGUGGAGGUAGACAUGACGCGACGUGCUCAGAUGCAAAGCCCGGCAACGCAAAGGUCACCGCAGCAUUCGCUGUUGACAGCGCAGGACUCGAGGAGGGGCUUGCACUCGCCGCGCUCCUCGAGGGCAGCAGCAGCCGCGAAGGGCAAGAAGACGGCGAGGGCAAGAACGGUCUUGAUGGAGAACUGCAUGGUUGAGAGAUAGAGAAGUUGGAGGGGUUGUUUGGGUGAGCGAGGUUAUGAAAGAU